AUGGGUUCUCGUUCGAUCGUUUUGCAAAUGGCUCCAUGUUCUUUUGAUAUCCAUAUUCAAGAAAUAAUCGGUACUAUGUAUUUCGGUGGCACAAUCAUUAUGCUAGUUCCAAAUGGUAAUCUUGAUUUAAAUUAUAUUUGCUAUCUUAUUGAAAAUCAACAAAUUACUAUUGCCAUGUUUGUUCCAUCAUCGAUUGAUUUUUUAAUUGAUUACUUGAAUGGUUCAUCGAUCAAGCAUCAGGCGAGUCUCCAUACAUUAAGAAUACUAUGUAUAGGCGGUAAGUGCCUCUUUUUUUAUUGAAAUGUAUCAUUUUUAUAGAGAGUUAACGUCAAGAGAAAAAGCGCUACUUCAGCCAGCUCACCUACGCUUUCUGUCAAGCUAUCUGAUGUAUCUUAAAGUUUUGUUUCGUAUAACUUCAUUUGCGCCCGCUGUUGAACAUAAUCAUACUGAACUGAGAUGCAAAAGUUCACUGUUUUCAAAUAUUUGAAAAAAGCAUUACAUAGAGUCUCCUUUGAAAUCAUUUUAUUUUCGUUGUUGAUCCUUGUUUUCUGUUAAAUCAGAUCUUUAACAGGCAUCUCGAAAAUGCUGUCCUUUAUAAGGUGCCCUCAAAGCGAAUUUCGAGUGAAAUUUUUUUUUUUGGUUUUUUUACAUCAUUUGAUAGAGUUUUAGCUGCUGAUUACGAAUAUCUACUUUUUAGCCCUAACAAAAACUCCUUUUCGACCGAAAAAUACGAAAUACUCUAAAGGUGUCG